GGGGCGACACAAUUCUAUCCUAUCGUCCUCGAUUUGGAGCUUUUGGAUCUCUCGAAACUGAUAGCGGUCCAGUGCGUGCCCGACUGAUUCGAUUCCCUGUCUUUCGUCCACCACAUCACACCACCAACCUCCCGUCCCCCUUUUCACCAUCCCUCUUUAUGAGAAGGCGACCCGGCUCAGUCCCUCCCGCUGGUUGUCUCACUUUCGAUCGCUCCCCGCCCUAGUGAUCGCCUAUCCACCCGACCAUGAAGUCAUCGUCUACGAAGCUCCCCAACGGUCAUGGCAGCCUCUACAAAGAGGUGCGCUUUUCGCCGACCGCGACCCCGAUCCCUAUCCGUCGUGCGCUGUCCGUCCCUAACACCCAUUCCGUUUUGAAAUCCGAUGCGUCCCCGCGGUCGCUGCAAAGAUACUCUCCUCUGGCGGUUGAUUAUCUCGAAGAGUCACGGUCGCUCCUGGUGCGACAGCGGACGUUGUUUGACGACGAGCGGCGGCUGUGGGAGCGAGAACGCGCGAUAUUGAAUGCGCGUGUCGCCGAAUUGGAAUCGCAGCUCAAGAAUCAGGAGACACCAUCGUCUUUCCCACCCUUGUCCACAAACCCCUCAACACAGAACCGGACCCCUUCGAGUAAUACUUCCCAGGUGUGGGAAGGCACCAGCCCCUCCAGUCCGCCCACCAGGGUGUUUGGUCACCCGGAGAAAUCAGACCGCGCUGGCCCGUCGAUCGCGGAGCAAGGAGGCAACCUGACAGUGUCCCUGGAUGCAGCCCUCUCGCCCAAAUCCCACCCCUCCGACCCUGCUGCAGGCGGCAGCGUCCCCGUGCCCAUCGAAAAGCUCGACAGCAAACUCGAUGGCAUCACCCUCAAAUCGUCGGCCUUGCACCCGGAGAUUGUCGCCCGCGUGAUGACGCCGCCCUCGCCGCGGUCCCCCGAGACGUCACCGUCCAUGACCUCCCAGAAAUCGGAGCGUCGCAACAGCCUGAAGCUCCGGCUGUCGGAACUAGGUCCGCCCGACAAGAACCUCACCAGGGAUGCGGGACACACCCCUAUGGUCGUCAUGGAUUCGGACGCCGAGACCAAAUCACCCCACGUCGCGGACGAGGGUGCGAGCGAGGGUGCAGACGAGGGUGAUGACCCAUCACCCCUUGCCCCAGAUGCGCUGCGGCAACCUGCAGAAAACUCCGACUCGUAUUUUGCGAGCCUGCCGGACGACCCGGCACUGACGGGCCCCCUCUCCUUGCUGAACGACGAGGAACACGACACUGGCUUUUUGAAGGAACUGGAUCAGAAACUCCUCGACCAGGCCUGGCAGGCCCUGGGCAGCUCGCGGGACUCGAGCGAUCGUAAGGAGAGAGCCGAGCCACCCAGCCAGGAACCUGAACUCAGGUUCAAGAACGCCACAAACUUUGGCACCGCAUUUGGCCAUAAGUUUUGACGCGAGCAUAUAUCACAAGGCCAUUGUUUCGGUCUUCUUUUUCUUCCCGAAUUUGGAUGGGUACCAUG